ACACAUUAGAAGCGCAACAGGUUUUCACCGAAUUAUAGGCUAUUUGAGAGCAUUUGAAUGUGUACUAUAAUGUUAACUUUGAUAAAUUGUAAACAGUUUGACAACACAGAGUCAAACUUAAACCGUGCUUUUUGUUGUAGCUGUAAUACAGAGUAAUGUUCAGAUCAUUGCGUAACGCUCUUCCGUGACAGAUCCAGAAGGUGGGGCAAUGACCUGACAGUCGCUUAAUAUUAGGUUAUAAGCGAGGCACAAUUAUACAAACUUGUUGAACAGAUAAGAGAAGCCGGAAAGUUAUUGCUCCGGGGAUUUCUUGUGUUUAAAAUCGCUUCAAGAAACGGACAUGGCUGCAGAAAACAAAAAGAAAGAAAAGACAGCAACGUGCUACCAAGACUGCUGCGCCGAAGUCUUUAACUUUUACUUGGGGCACUCUGGAGAGCACGAAGCCAUUCUGCAGUGUGUGCACAGCGUCCUGCCUGAAGAGUUCAAGAGAAUUGGAGCAGGUAAAAGCAGCCUGGAUGUGCUGGGUGUGGGGAGUGGCGGAGGUCAGGUGGAUGUCCAGAUGUUGACAUUGUUCCAGUCUACAUUCCCUGGUGUCCAAAUUACUUCAGAUGUUGUGGAGGGCAGCAUUAAGCUCAGUAACAACUUUAAAGCGUUGGUAGGUAAGACAGCCAACCUUAAGAAUGUCCCAUUCCAAUGGCACAUCAUGCCAAGUGAGGAUUAUGUGAAGCAAGUCAAAGCAACAGAGCAUGUGAAGAAGUUUGACUUCAUCCACAUGAUUCAGAUGAUCUAUUAUGUGGAUGACUUGGCAUCAACAAUUGAGUUCUACCACGGGCUUUUGAAAGAGAAUGGACGACUUAUGAUUAUUGUUGAAACAGCCAAUGGAGGCUGGGACACUCUGUGGAAGACCCAUUCGAAAGACCUGUGCACUCACACAAUCACUGAGUACCGCUCAUCUGCAGAGAUAAAGGCCUGCCUCGACAAAAUGGGCCUAAAAUACGAUGAGCAUCCAGUUCCCAACACCUUUGACAUAACAAACUGCUUCAACCCAAAGGAUAAAUUUGGCUGUGACCUGAUCGACUACUUAACAGCUAAAGAAGACUUCUAUGCAUCCGUCACCUCAGAAGUCAAGGAGGCCAUCUUGGAUCUGCUCAAGAACAAGUGCAGCUCUCAGAAAGAUGGAAAAAUAAUGUUUGACAGCACCCUGAGCUGCAUACUGGUCCAUGCAUAAGUUCAUUGAGAAAAUACAGAUAGGAAGCACUAUUGCAAACUAUGAUUUUUGAUUUUGCUUGCAAACAGCACUACCUAAUACACUUAAGUACUAUUUUUUAUGCAACCAAAAAUGCACUCAAAUAUGCAUAUGAUUUUAUUUUGAUAUUAUUGUUUACAGUAGUUGCAUGGUUUAUUGUCAUCAGAAGGAAAUGUAUUUGCUAUUACCAUGUCAUUACACAAUACAAAAUACAAAUGUGUAAACCAAAUGUGACUGACUUGCACUCUAAGGAACCACCAGAUACUGAGUUUUGUGUUUACAGUAAUGACUGUGAAUAAAAUCUGAUUACAUUUAAA